AUGGUCGUGGUGGUCGCUCACUUGCUUGCAGGUGAGACUACGCCUAGCGUUCACUUGCUGGCACUCAACUCUCACCUGUGGCUCCACGUAGCUGGGCUCUGCUCAGCGGCCACACCCCGGGCAAUCGUCUCGACCGGCGGGCUAAACCAGGUGAGGGGGCCCUGUGCGCUGUGCCGUGUGCACAGCGUUUGCGGAUUCCACUGGAUGGAAGGUCGAAUGGAACCUUGCGUCGGCACCCUCGUGACGUGGUUCGUCUCUGCACGCCGCUGGACAGCCGGUGACGGGAUGGAUCUCCACAUCGACAUCGCCUUGACGCGCCCACCUACGCCGUCGGAGACCGCGGCUUACGGCGAAUUCGAGUCGCUCACCACUACAACCCGAAGGCGUGGCCCCAUAGUGGAGUUCGGCCGUGCCACAACGGCACAUGGCAGCCCUAUUCAGGGAUGGCACUGCCAGCCCCCACGAGGGGAAUGGCCUAGAGAUGGUGGCCUAAACAUUGCUGGGCACCACGCCGUCUUCAGGCUACACAGGGCCGCAGACAUCUAAACAUGGUCGAAACAAUCAAAAUCGAAACAACAACAAUACCUAUAACGACAACAACGAUACUCGCUCACCUCCUCAUCCUACCUCUUCUUUCUCUUCCUCUGCCUAUUCUUCUGCCUAUUCUUCUCCUUCGCCAUCUUCUUCUCCACCUUCUUCCCGUCGCCCCACUCGUUGUCACCAGACUGGCAGGGUGAGUCCGCUCACUCUGGCAGCCUGGAAUGUUCGUUCCCUUUUAGACAAUCCGAGGAGCAACCGACCGGAACGAAGGACGGCACUAGUGGCACGGGAACUGGCGCGAUACAAGGUGGACAUCGCCGCACUCAGCGGGACUCGAUUCUCCGAACAAGGCCAACUGGAGGAGGUGGGUGCCGGCUACACCUUCUGGAGCGGUCGACCCAGGGCAGAGCGACGGGACGCGGGUGUCGCCUUCGCCAUUCGGAACGACAUCGUGGGACGACUGCCCUGUUUGCCGCAGGGCAUCAACGAUCGCCUGAUGAGCCUCCGCCUGCCUCUCUGGGGAGGCAAAUUUGCCACCAUCAUCAGCGCCUACGCUCCGACGAUGACCAACCCCGACGCCGUCAGAGACAAAUUCUACGAGGACCUGCACGCCCUCUUGGCGACUGUGCCGAAGGCGGACAAGUUGAUUGUCCUUGGUGACUUCAACGCUCGCGUCGGCACAGACCAUACUGCCUGGAGAGGAGUGUUGGGUCCCCACGGUCUCCGCGGCUCAAACGACAAUGGUCUGCUGCUUCUCCGCACCUGCGCAGAACACCGCCUCAUCCUGACGAACACCUUCUUCUGCCUGCUGGAGCGAGAGAAGGCCACCUGGAGGCAUCCUCGGUCGCGCCAGUGGCACCUGCUGGACUAUGUCCUCGUCCGGAGGCGAGAUCAGCGGGACGUGCUGGUGAAAAAGGCGAUCGCGAGCACUGACGGGUGGACCGACCAUCGCCUCGUCAUCUCGAAGAUGCGUAAUUGCCUACAGCCUCGCAGGAGACCACAAGGUAAGCGACCCCCAGGUAAGCUGAAUGUUGCCUUGUUGUCUUUGCCCGUUCACCAUCUUCAUUUCAGCAAUGAGCUAGUUCAACGGCUAGACAACCUUCCUAUCGCUGCCGACGCCGCCGCUGCCGAGAACGCCUCCGUGGAGAACCGCUGGUGUCAACUGCGAGACACGGUCCAGUCGACGGCACUCGCCGUCCUCGGUCGCGCUCCCCGCCAACACCAGGACUGGUUCGACGACAACGACGCCGCCAUCAGAAAUCUGCUUGCUGAGAAGAACCGCCUACACAAAGCCUACGUAGAUCACCCCACAGAGGACACCAAAGCUGCCUUCUACCGCAGUCGCCGCCAACUUCAGCAACGACUGCGCGUGAUGCAGGACGCCUGGACUGCUCGCAAAGCUGAGGAGAUCCAAGAGUACGCGGACCGCAACGAAUGGAAGAACUUCUCUGCGAUCAAAUCUGUCUACGGUCCGCCGACGAAGGGCACUGCUCCUCUCCUCAGCGCCGACGGCAACACUCUCCUGACUGAGAAGAUGCAAAUCCUGCAGCGAUGGGCCGAGCAUUUCCAAGGCGUCCUCAACCGCCCCUCCGUCAUCUACGACGCCGCCAUCGAGCGUUUGCCGCAAUUGGAGACCAACGUGGACCUCGACCUCCCGCCAUCUCUCCAGGAAACCAUCAGGGCCGUGCAGCAGCUCUCCAGCGGGAAAGCCCCCGAUCGGACGCAAUCCCUACUGAGGUCUACAAGCACGGAGGUCCCCAACUAA